AUGUGCAUCGACUACCGAGCUUUAAAUGGCAUCACCGUCAAGGACAAGUACCCAAAACCAGUGGUGGAUGAACUUCUAAAUGAGUUAAAAAGAGCUCAGGUCUUCACGAAGUUGGACCUCCGAUCCGAUUACCACCAAAUUCGGGAUGAGAUGGGUAUUUAUAGGCCUCAAGUGGAUUCAAACUUGGAGCCUAAAAGUGUCUCAUCACCUAUUUUCGAGGUUCUGACAGUACCACCGCUUGUGUUGGGUGGUACCAUUGCCUACAGCACUGACACUAUGUGGAACAAUUCCCAAAUUACACUCCACUCCACAGCAUACAAGCACAACCUCUCUCCCUCCUUUCAUCGUCAAGCAUGGCUUCCUCUGCAGCUUUUAAGAUGGUCUUUGCGCUUCAGGCCUUCUUCUCCGUCAUCCUUCGUUCUGCUCUUGCUGCCGCAGGAGGUCUGUGCUUUUGCGGUCUCGUCCUCAUCCAACCGGUGCCUGCUCGAGAGCAGCCAAGACAGUGGCGGGAACACGGUGUACCAGUGCCGGGCGUCGGAGAUAGUGGUGGAGCGGCUGCGGGAUUGGAUAGAGACGGAGCAGUGCGUGAGCGUAUGCGGCGUGGACCGCAACGCCGUCGGCAUUUCCUCGGACGCACUCCUGGAACCACACUUCACGCAGCAGCUUUGCUCCGCUGCCUGCCACCAGAACUGCCCCAACAUCAUCGAUCUCCACCUCGAUCUCGCUGCCGCGGAAGGUAUUUUCCUGCCGGAUUUGUGCGAGGCUCAGCGCGUGAAUCCGCAUCGCGCCAUGGUGGAGAUUCUGAGUUCUGGAGCAGCACCUGGUCCAGUUGCCGGUGGAGCAGCUCUCCCGGUGGCUUCUCCCCCACUUCCAGUCUAAAUGAUUCUAUUGUAUUUAUAUGGAAAUUUAUUAUAUACGACAAUUUGCCUACUUAGAAUUAACAUAAAUAGAGGGAUGUUAAUUAGGAGAUACGAGGAUUCGUGGCAUGUCAAGGAAUAGCUGCAUUGAUUAUGGAGAUUGGUUGAGAAUACCAUCUAAUUUUUAUUAUCUAAUGAACUCCUAUCUGUGUUUUUGUCAUUUCGUAUGUAUUUCGUCUUACAGAAUUGAAGAUGCAUCAGAAAGGGGAACAAAUAAAGCGUAGGUUUUACAUUCCAGCAUCUGCCCUCCCUUCCGCUCUCUUGCGCUUUGCCAGUCCCAUAGGCUUACUUCUCUGCAAAGGUUUCCUUGUCACUUUACGCUUUGCAUAUUGUCA